AUGUCCAGCCAUCCUUUGCCAUCAUCACCUACCAGCCACGAGGAGAGAUGCGCUGAAGAAUAUGUUAAUUUCGUUUCAAUGCAUGCUGUUCCCAAGACCCUUACACUCGAAGAAAUCAAAGAAGCCACAAAAGCCGAUAUCACACUUCAAGCUGCCAUUCAAGCAGUUCAAACCAAUGUAGUCAUACCAA